AUGGCGGAGGGUUCGCAGGAGACGAACGACCGAAGGGUUCCCGGAGCGUCGCGGGCCUCAACAGCCCCCGCGUUACCCAUGAUUAUCACCAGUAACGCGACAGGUCCCCAGGAUGCUCAUCCCAGUGGUAACAGCCACCACGACAACGACCACGACAGCAAAAUAAAUGAUAAUCAUAAUAAUAAUAGUCCCCGUAUCACCAAGCCGGGGCUUCUUAGAACCUCACAAACGUUCCCUAUCGGCUCUAUCGCAUCCGAUAAUGCAUCAAGCUCGAGUGUAAAUCAGCAGGAUACGAAGAGGAAUCCCCGGUCCUCGUUCCAAGCAAGUUCCUAUGGCAGAAACUCGACAUCAUCGCCGACGGUCUUUGAACCCAGCGCGGAUUCCAGCGCAAUCGAUCCGCUGUCGCAACACAUCAUCAAGCGCACCAACACCGAGCGAUCAAUUCCACUGAGGCUGCUUGGGAGGGCGUCGUACGAAGUGGAGGCUGGCGGAGCGCAUGACUAUUAUGCGUCGGAACAGGGCUCAAUCCGAGGCGAUACGAGCUUACGCCAGAAACUACCCAAAGAGAAAAGAAAGGGUGUCUCGUUUCUCAGUCGAUUCAUAGGAGGCAAGAAGAAAGAUCAGCUGUCUGAUGCAGAAGACGAUGUCUCGGAACCGGACACUUUCCGCAUGGACGCCAACACCGCACCGCAACCGAUAGGCUUCCUACCUCGAUUCCCUCCUCCGCCAAAGUACAUCAGGGUGAAGGCAUACUACAAAAAGGAUAAAACUUUCGAUAGGGUGUUCCUCGCGCAGGAGUUGGACGACGCGGGGCCGUCAUCCGACCGAUCAGUGAAAGAUGCAGCUGGCUCGACGACUGGUCUUCCGGGCAGCAGUAAUGCUGGAAAAGCCAUUUGGGCGCUAUCCUUCUCGAAAGAUGGCAAGUAUAUGGCAGCCGCAGGUCAGGACAAAAAAGUGCGCGUUUGGGCUGUCAUCGCUUCCCCAGAAGAUCGCCAGAGGGAAGGACUUGGGGGGAUCGAAAAUGGCCACAAUGAGGAUGAGACUCCCCAGCUGAGAGCGCCUGUCUUCAAGGCAAAGCCAGUGCAGGUAUACGAGGGCCACAUCGGCAGCGUACUAGACCUAAGCUGGAGUAAGCACAGCGACUUUGUCACAUCCAUCCAAUUCCACCCCCGGGACGACCGAUUCUUCCUCGCUGGAUCCCUCGACACCAAGCUUCGCCUUUGGAGUAUCCCGGAUAAGAAUGUGGCAUUUGUUGCAACUGUUCCGGAUAUGAUCACAUCGGUCGCCUUCACGCCAGACGGCCGCCACUCAAUCGCCGGCUGCCUUAAUGGCAUGUGCAACAUUUACGAGACAGAUGGAUUCAGGCCAGUUGGGCAGAUCCAUGUGCGGUCAGCGCGUGGUCGCAACGCAAAAGGCAGCAAAAUCACGGGCAUUGAUACUAUUACUCUACCUCCCAGUGACCCAAACGGUGAGGUGAAACUGCUGAUCACAAGCAACGAUUCCCGGAUUCGACUCUACAACUUCCGUGAUCGGACAUUGGAGGCCAAAUUCCGCGGUAACGAGAACACAUGCAGUCAAAUUCGCGCCUCGUUCAGUGACGAUGGAAAAUACAUUAUCUGCGGGAGUGAGGACCGCAAAACAUAUGUAUGGUCAUUAAGCUCAAUGGAGAAGGAUUCAGACAAACGUGCGGUGGAGGUCUUUGAGACUGGAUCCUCCAUGGUGACUGCAGCUGUGAUGGCUCCGUCGUUGUCAAAGCAAACCCUGGGCUUCUCCGACGAUCCAGUUUACGACAUCUGCAACCCACCGCCAGUGACUCUGGUGAGCACCGCAGAAAAACAGAAUGGCCAGCGAGGUCCCAACCCCGUAGCUAGCAAGCUGGCGCUGGAAUCACCGUCAUAUCUCGCGCGCUCGACACACCCGGUUGGAAACAUCAUCAUUGUGGCCGACUAUUCAGGCAAAAUCAGAGUUCUGCGGCAAGACUGUGCAUUUCACAAACGCCGCUAUGAGAAUUGGGACACGCACUCCACCAUAUCCAGAAAACUGCUGCGCCGGUCCAACUCGGCGCGUCACAGUAUUGCGUCGUCGAUUGGAAAGGAGUCAUCGCACAAGACACCUUCUGAGCGGAUCAUCUCCUGGCGCAACUCGGUCAUCGGCCACGGAGCGGGCAAACGGGAGGGCUCCCGUCAUGGGACGACGACCCGAAGUUCAUCCCCCAGCAAGUCCAUCCCCGAUAUCUCGCGUUAUUCGAGUCCAGUAUGCCAAUUUUCGGGCGGAGCGCCUGCCGAUUCUCUCUCUCUCACUGUGUCCCCUCCGCCCUCAGCGUCCAAAUCUUCUUUUGAUAGUCGAAGAUCAAGCGGGGAUGCCUCGAAGCGCAAUGGAUACGCAGAGGAUGUCGGGAUGGUGCCGUCGUCUAGAAUGUUAAUUGCUAGAGGCAAGGAGAAGGACAAUCCAUUGUGGCUGCAAGGCGAACAAAGCUAUGCAUUCUGGAACAAGAUCACGCAGGAUGCGCUAGCUGCGCGACGGAAGAAAUCUCCUCGGCCUCAGGAUUCGAACCGACUCUCAGUGCCUGGGCGCAAUGUCAGCAUCAGCAGCGCUCUGAGCAGCGACUAUGGCUCUUCCAACGGAGACAGAGACGAAGGAGAUGUGCUCCGAUGCGAUAGCUGCCGGGGGACGAAUUUCCAAGCCAUGAAAUCGAGAACCGGCAAGCAGAAACUGAUCUGCGUGCGGUGCCAUCGACCUAUCAAUUAA